AAAAAAAUAUUCCACGAAGUUUUCAAAGAUUACUUAUGUGAAAAGUGUGCGAAGAGAUUUGGAAAUAAAUCAAGUUUGCUCUAUCACCUGAAAACAGUACACGGAGGUUGCAAAGAUUUUCCAUUCGAAAAUUACGAAAAGAAAUUUAAUGAUAAACAGUAUUUGUUUUCGAAUCGAAGGAUAGUAUGCAAAAAUCGCAAAGAUUACGAAUGCGAUGAUUGCGAGAAAAAAUUUGGACGGAGAUGGGAUUUACUCAGACACCAAAAAUCAAUACACGAAAGUUGGAAAGACUAUACGUGCGAUAAGUGUGAAAAGGAAUUCGGACAAAAAUCGCAUUUGCUCUACCACCAAAGAAUGGUACACGAAAGUCAUAAAAAUUUCCAAUGUGAUAUUUGCGAGCGAAAAUUUGGAGAAAAAUCGAAAUUGAUUCGACAUCAAAAGACGGUUCACCAAGGUCAUAAAGAUUUUGCAUGCGACAAGUGCGAGAAGAAAUAUGGGCACAAAACACAUUUGAUUAAUCACCAAAAAAUAGUCCACGAAGGUCACAAAGACUACGUGUGCAACAUGUGCGAGAAGGCCUUCGGACUUCGACAUCAUUUGCUCGUGCAUCACGAAACAGUACACGAAGGUCAGAAAUAUUUCGCAUGCGACAAGUGCGAAAAAGUAUUUGGACAAAAACCGAAUUUGCUCACCCACCUAAAAUUAGUCCACGAAGGUCGCAAAGACUACGCAUGCAACAUGUGUGAGAAGAAAUUUGGACGAAGAGCGGAUAUGCUUUCGCACCAAAGGGUAAUACACAAAAAUUGCAAAGAUUUCGUAUGCGAUAAGUGCGAAAAGAAAUUUGGGGAUCUAAGCACUUUGAUCAGACACAAAAAAAUAUUGAAAUUCAAAGUCGAUUUUUCUGUUAAUUUCACUUCUCUAAAUGUCUUGAUCGCCAAUGAAUAA